UUCCGACUUCGGUGGCGGAAUUUUCUUAGUUCCCUGGCUAAUAUUGUGGUACAAUGUUGUUAGUGCUAGUGUUGUGGUUGUGUGCCAUGGGAAGAACUCAGGUGAUCCCUGGAAAGUCCAGGACAAAUGAUGGGGACUAUAAUACAGUGAACACAGAUGGAUCUUUUGAUUUUGGAUACGCAAACAAGGAUCGAGGGCAGAGUUAUCACCUGGCACACGGCAACGCCAACGGCGUGGUCGGUGGCCGAUUUGGUGCCAAAGAUCCAGCCACCGAUACCAUCAAAGAAACAGUCUACACCGCUGGCCCCAGAGGUUUCCGAGCUAAAGGCCCAAACGUUCACCGAAAGAUGGAUCUGGAUCAGCGUCCGCGUGGACCAAUCGGCAACAAAGACGAUCCCUAUUUCGACCCUAACGAAGAUCCCAGCUAUUCAUACAAGUUCGAUACUAGGACUUACUCCAAGAACGAAAAUGCCGACAGUAGGGGUGAUGUUAAAGGUCAUUACUCCUUUGUGGACGACAUUGGUGAGCGCCACGAUGUCUCGUACAUAGCUGGUCGGGACACUGGCUUCCAUGUGCAGUCAGCCCACCCAGAUAGUCCUAAUGUUAUUGGAUCACCCUUCCACCGUGCUCCGCUCGUAAGAGGCGAAGCCAGACCAAGAGGAAGAACUGCUGUACAAAGAGGUCUUGACGGAUCUUAUAGAUUUAUAUCAGCGGGCCCGGACCAGAGAAGAACAGAAAGCAGCGACUCCCAUGGUAACGUUAGAGGGUCUUAUACAUUCUUGGACGAUAAAGGAGUGCAAAGAACAGUUCACUACAUAGCUGGACCAGGCAUUGGGUACCGCAUCGUGAAAAGCGGCAAGGAUCCAUACAUACCAGCCUACUUUCCCACCAUCCCUAGCAUGUAUGACCCUGACUUCGUUAGCGCUGGAUCCAUAGCCUUCUCGCCCGAUGACAGCGGAUCGGAUGACAUUUUUAAGAGACCAGAAGGUACAGCAGCGUCAGGCCACGUUAAACCGCCGCCCUUCCCCGACAAAGACAGACCUGGAAAGAAACCUAUACCAUCUUCCAGUAAUAGCGCUGAAGAUGAUUCAAAUGAAAGUGGUUUUAACUCGGGCUCCAGUUUCCCAGGUUCUGGAUCUGGCGGUACCAAUUAUAAGCCCGGUUCCGGAUCUGGAGGUUCCAGUUAUGGUUCUAGUUCAGAAUCUGGAGGCUCCAAUUAUGGGUCUGGUUCAGGUCCGGGUUCUGGAGGUGACAGUUAUGGGUCUGGUUUAGGAUCAGGUAGAGGUGGUUCAAACUACAAGACAGGAUCAGGAAGCGAAAACUCCAACUUUGGUUCUGAAGGAUCAAACUAUGGAGGAUCUGAAUCUGGGGUUUCAAACUUUAAGCCCGGUUCGGGUGGUACCAGUUUUGGUUCCCGAACAGGAUCAGGUUCUGGUGGUCCAAACUAUGGCUCGGGAUCCAGUUCCAGUCUUGGAUCAGGACCCAGUGGUACUGGUUUUGGAUCGACAGGUGGCGAUGGUUCAAGCUAUAUAGAUGAAGACGGAUCAAGUUUGGGCGCCAAACCAACGAAAGUUCCAGGCAAGCCAGGCCGACGUCCGACCAGCAAGCCUAACAGGCCAACGAAGAAACCAUACGUGCCUUUAAAACCAUUCCAGACAACGAACAUUAAAGAGGACGAAUACGAUGCCGACAAUGACGAUAGAAACACACCACAGUUCGGUGUAGGGUUCAAUAUAAAUAAAAAACUUGGUGCCACCACAAUUUACAAACCCGGUACAACUAUUAUCAGAAACAUAGGGCAAGAUUACUUCGGUGUGCCACCAGGUGUUUCAGUCAGAGCCCAUGUACAAAGCAUUGAUUUAUAUCCUUACGACUCCAAACCUCUGUCCCCUUCUGAAGCCAUAGAAAAAGAUAAAACAUAAUUUUCUUAAAUUUUGUACAAAUACAGG